UGGGCUGCAUAACCCCUGACACUCUGUCUGGACAGCGCUGAUUGGCCCUCUGCUGAUCACAUGCACCCUCCCAAAGAAAAAAAACUCUCUAGCAAUAUACACUACACUGAGCAUGUGCAGAGUGACUCCUAGAGUUUUGUACUAUGGCAGAUGGAUUGGGGACAGUUAAAGAAGGGGAGGAUCAGAGAAGAUAGGAACAAACAGCCUUUUUACACAAUGCAGAGGAUUAACCCCUUAGGUUGCACAGUGAAUCAUAAAAGCAUGCUUUACUGCAUAUACAGACUGAUUUUAUUGCUGUGGGUUUAAUAACACUU